AUGCAUUUUCUCGUCUGUUUGUUUUUAACCGGAAAUGUUUUACACGUAUUGACUCAAUGCAGCUCUCCGUUCAACCUGAAUGGUGAUUAUUUGGUCGGUGGACUUUUUGACAUUCACACUAGCAGCUCUGUGAGCCACGAGAGACCAGAAGCCAUUCACUGCUCCAGUCAAACCUUUAGUCUGUCAAGCUAUCGAAGGUUUCAGCUGAUGAGGUUCUCUGUGGAGCAGAUUAAUAACUCAACCCAACUCUUGCCCAACGUGUCACUGGGCUACAAGAUAUUUGACCACUGCUCCAUUUCGAAGAACUUCCCUGGUAUUUUUGACCUCAUUUCAGCCAACGGAUUGAUCCGACCUUGGAGCGCGGAACGCCAGCAUCUUUCUGCAACCUCCAAAGUCAUCGGAGUGGUCGGUCCUUUUUCAAGCACGGACACCCUGACUGUAGCGCCACUCUUCAUGAUGGAUCUCAUUCCACUGGUCAGCUACGGAGCUGCCAGCUCUGCCUUUUCAGAAAAAGCGAAAUAUUCAUCUUUCCUGCGCACGGUUCAUUCCAAUAAAGAGAGCGUCAAAGUGAUUGUAGCCAUCAUGGAGCACUUCAAAUGGCAAUGGGUGGCCUUCCUAUACAGCAAUGAUGCUUAUGGCAAUGACGGCCUGGGACUCUUCAGGAACUUGAUUAAGGAUACCGACAUUUGUCUGGCCCUUGCCAUGGAGAUCAAAUUAAAAUCCAAUUACUCUGAAGUUUUCCAACAUAUUGAGGCGCAGAGAAUAAAAACCCUUGUUGUUUUUGCUCCCAAAUUGUCAGUCGAGGCUCUCAUUGAGUCAGCGAUACAGGUGGGUGUCACAAACAAGGUGUGGAUAGCGGUCGACACCUGGUCCUUAAACGAGAAGCUGCCAAAGAUGAAAGGCAUCCAAAAACUUGGAACAAUACUGGGAGUGUCUCAGCCUCUGUUGACUAUUCCGGGUUUCAGUGAAUUUCUCCUUGCUUCCCAAAGCAAAGAUCCUUGCGAAGAUGAAGAGGCGCUUGGGUUUUGCAAUCAGAUUUGCAACUGCUCCAGUCUGAGUGCCCAGGAUAUCAUCUCCAUGGACCCCACCUACUCUUUUUCUGUUUAUUCGGCCGUAUAUGCCAUCGCUCAUGCCUUACACAAUGUCUUGGAGUGUGACAAACAAACAUGUCAGGGAAAUAUUUCAGUCUUUCCACACAAGGUUCUGGUGGAGCUGAAGAAGUCAAACUUCACAUUACUGAACCAGAGCAUUCAGUUCGAUGAACACGGGGACCCCAAAUUUGGCUCUUAUAAUAUCGUUUUCUGGAACAAGAGUGGUGAAAUAGAGGAGAUCGGAUACUUUGAAUUUCAGUCCUCAGUCAACUUUGUCAUUGAUGAGAUGAAAAUUCAGUGGCAUGGAAAGUGGAAGGUCCCAACGUCACAGUGCUCUCAUCAAUGUCCUGUUGGAUUUGCAAAGAAGCAAGAUGGAAUUCACAAGUGUUGCUUCACCUGUGAAGAAUGUCCUGAUGGAACCUAUAUUAACAUUUCAGAGAAUGCAUACAAGUGCGUGGACUGUAAGGAGACAGAGUGGUCGUCAGAGGCCAGCACAUCGUGCAUCCUGCGAACCGUGGAGUACGUCUCAUUUGAGGACAGCAUCGCCAUUUUGAUCAUUGCGGCCACCUUGCUCUUGCUGGGCCUGGAGGUGGCCAUGUGCGUUACCUUUGCCCUCAACUACAACACCCCAGUUGUCAGAUCCGCUGGGGGCCACAUGUGCUUCCUCAUUUUGGGCUGCCUGGGUCUGAGCAGUCUGAGUAUUGUCUUCUUUUUUGGCAAGCCCUCAGGUUUUUCCUGCAUUCUACAGUUUGUGCCCUUUUCCUUACUUUUCUCCACGUGCCUCGCGUGUUUUGUGGUGCGCUCGUUUCAGAUUGUUUGUAUUUUUAAAAUCGCCGCCAAGUUCCCCAAACUGCACGGUUGGUGGAUGAAAUAUCACGGACAGUGGCUCGUCGUCAUGGGGACGUUUGUAAUGCAAUGCGUCCUGAAUUUCAGUAGCUUUUGGAUCGCCACCCCCAAGCCGUACAAUGAGACCACGUGGUCUCCAGACAAGAUCAUACCGAGCUGUGAAAUCAGUGCCAAGGCGACCAGCGGUCCAACAUUUUUGCUUUUGUGUUUGUGCACUCUCUGCUUCGUUUUCUCCUACAUGGGAAAGGACCUCCCCAAAAAUUAUAAUGAGGCCAAAGCGAUAACCUUCUGCUUGCUCCUGCUCAUUCUCACCUGGAUCGUCUAUGUGUCCAUUGGUAUGGUUUAUAGGGGUAAAUUCAUCCCAAGCCUGAAUGCUCUUGCAGUGCUCUCCAGCCUCUACUCCUUCCUCUUGUGGUAUUUCCUUCCAAAAUGUUACAUCAUCAUAUUUCAACCCCACAAAAACACAACACAAUACUUUCAAGACAUAAUCCAGAAUUACACUAAAACAAUUAGCCAGUAA